GAUUCUCAUUGACUCUUGGCUGCAGUUACUUUCCAGAGUUUUGGAGUUGUAGAAGCCCUUCAUCUGAGAAGAAAAGAUUUGUCCAUGAUUUCUGUAACACAGACAUGUUUCUCCUCCCUUCUCCCUCCCCCUCACUCCCCACAUGUAUAGCGCUGCAGUAAGGAGCAGUUGUGUAUACUGUCCUGCUUUCUUAGUAUCAGUGAUCAGAAGAGAAGGCAUGAGAGGGAUUAGAUCACGUCACAUUGUGUUUCUGGUACAGUUGGAGCCUUUUGCAACGAUCCACUCCAUAGCCUAAAACUAAUCGACACAAGAGGGCAGAUGUGAUUUGGGUGCAGCCCCAUGGGAUAAUUCCAGUGACACUCUACAGAAAAAAGAGAAUUAAACUACUUGAAAAUGGAAAACUCCUGACUGGGAUCCUCUUCAGUGACAGUGAGCAAGAUGAACCCGCACUCUUUGGACUCUUCUAUACAGAACAUUCUAUCCAUUCUUUACCCUCCUUUUGAGGCUACAGCCCCAACACUUCUCAGCCAAGUAUUCCGCCUUAUUGAGAGCACUUACCAAGGAGAUGGCCUUCGGUGUCUUCUGGAUUUCCUGAUCCCUGCAAAACGGAUCCUUGAAAGUAUACAGCAAGAUGCCUGCGCAGCCUAUUCUGAUAAGUUGUUCCGCCAUGAAGGCUGGCCUUUGUGUCUACAUGAGAAGGUCGUAAUCCAACUAUCUGCUCUCAACCCCCUGCUUUUGCGACCUGGUGACUUUUAUCUGCAAGUUGAACCCUUUAGAGACCAAUCUGCUCGUAUUGUACUGAAAUGUCUGUCUCGAGACCUCAGCCAUGUUGAUGACAUCCCAAUACCAGAAAUAUCCUAUCCCUGCAUUUUCACACUGGAGUGGCUCAAGGAACUGAAUUGUGAUUGUAAUGGAGAUCCUUUGCGUGUUUGCCUACUUACAACAGACAGUGGCAUUGUCAAAGUGCCGUGGUCUGAAAUAGCAACCCCUGAGUUUAUUAAUAAAGCCAGAACAGAACUAAUCUCUCCACUGAAUUUUCCUUCUGUUGAAAAUGAGGUGUUAGACUCUGGUGAUUUCAAAAGAACGCAACCAACAUUACAAAGUAGCAAUGCACUUUCUUCCAGUGUACAUGUACCAUGUUGUUGUACAAGCAAUAAAAUCACUAUGGCAUGUGCACAAAACCAGUGUCAUUUUAUCAAAGCUGACCAAAGUGUUUCAGUGGUGAAGCCCAUAGGAUUGGUCACACCAAGUACAUCGGACAGAGUAACUCAGAAUCUGGAAGGAGACUAUGUGGAUCUGCUGGAAUUUACAAAAAGGAACAGCACCAAUGGCCUUACUUCAGCUUCUGUUGGCAGGAUGUUUACUGACUUAAUACCUCCUAAUAAACAAAAGUCAAAACCUUCCCCAGAGUCUGUGCCCUCUACAGUCCCAAACGGUGAUGGCUCUUUAGUUGAAGACUCUGUUCAGUGGCCAUGCGAAGGAACACAAAAGUCCACUGAGGAUCUUUGCACACCAUGUAUGAGAAGAAAGUUUGCCAAAGAUCCAAAAUUCCAGGAAAUAAGGUGUCGUUAUCGAGAGUCUUACAAGGCUGCCCUCUUAAACCCAGUAGACCUUGAUGCCGGCAUUAUGACAGCCAUUUUGGAAGAGCCUGAGGAGCUCAGGGACAGUUUUGCAUUGACAGAUGAGGUCACAGACAUUCCAAACAAUCCUACUUACUGUAGAAGGGAGUCCAAAGAUCAGCUUUUUUCUGUAUCUCAAUCUUCUGAGAACAAAAUGCCUGAAGAAGUGGCUGAAUCUGAGGAGACAAGCAUAACACAGACUCCUGUUAAAGACAACUUUCAAAAUUCUAGUAUACCUCAAGAAUCCCCUGUUUCCUCAGACUGUAAAAGUUCCACAACAAUAGGGUCUCUUAUUACAGAAAAUAAGGCUAUGUGUCAGAAAGAUCAAGGAUUAGCCACAACUGCAGAGGAUGGUAUUACCUUAAAAAUGAUAUCCUUUGUGAACUCUAAGAAGAUAUCUUCUGUAAGCUGUGGAUCUAACAAGACAACUAAACACAAAAUAGCAGAAAAGGGUAAAGAACCGAAUUAUGAAGCUGGGACAGAACCUAGCCUUCUUCCAACAGUAGCAGUAGAAAACAUAUCUCAGGUGCCCACCACCAGUUUGCCUCCUGGAGAACAAAACCUCAGUGAGAACAAAGCCCAGAAGGUGAUACUGAAGCUGAAGGACCUAAACCCCAAUUUAUUACAGUCUGGGGUUGCAUGCUUACCAGGAAGCCGGGAUAAAGUGGGGAGAGCUGUUGUACAAGUCAUUACAGACCACAACAUCUGGACUCAGGUGGAGUACAUAGAAAAGGAGCUGAGAAUGUUGUUGCUUUAUUUCUACAUGGUCCCCAGGAAAGAAGUUCGAGAUCAGGGAUUAAGUGUUAUUGUAGAUGCUCGAAGGCGACUUCCACCACCUACACUUUUCAAAGCCUUAUUGAUGGUUCAGGAAUCAUCACUGCAUCCUAUUCGAAUUGUGUUAAUUGUAAUAGACAAGGAGAUGUCCUUCAAACAAGAAAAGUUGCCUGGUAUUCAGGUUGAAGUGCUCACCUCCCUAAAAGCUCUGAACAAGUUUGUUGAAAGUGGACAGCUGACUCGAGACCUAGAGGGAACUUUUCCUUAUUGCCACACUGCUUGGGUACAGUUCUGCAUGAAAAUUGACACAUUUGUGGAAGAUCUUAUGGAAGCAUCAACUUUGCUGCACAACUCUAUCAAGAAGCUUGAAAGUGCCAGACCUCUUAACAGUGCAGAGGAUAUUCUCCACUGUCAAAAUGAAUAUAAGGAGAUGAUGCAAUCUGUGCUGGCAGACACCCGAUUGGUUGGUUUACAGAGGGAGAGCGGAUCUAUUGUGGCAAGGCUGAAGAAGGAGGAGCCGCGAUUCUGUUCAUCAGAGGAUUACAGGGAUACCAUGGCAUUAGUGACACGCCUAGCUGAUCAGGUAGAAGAAGGAGUCCACACACUGGUAACAAAGUCAAAUCAGUGCUUUCAGCAUUUGGAUUUCCUCCGUGAGCUCAGGCCCCUGGAAGAUGAAUUCCAAAAGUUCAACAAAUGGCUGGAUGAAGAAGGCGAAACUAAUUUAAGAGUGACACCCUUGGUUGAAGAGUCACUAGAGAUUGCAGAACAAACAGAGCAGACCUUUAGCCGGUUCUUCAUUCAAGCCUCUGAGCAGUACAACAAAGGCUUGGAAUUGCUGGAAAAAUCCAGUAAAAUUUCCAGUGCUCCAUACCCAGAAGCUGAAGUCUUUAAUAUUAUAAAAGAUACCUUUGAAAUGAAGCUUACAAGUUUUUAUACCCAGGCAGAGACACUGCGGACAAAGCUCCAAACCAUGGUGAAAGUUCUCAAAUUCUGUGAAGAGGCCACAUGGCUUGCAGUGGACUGUCAACACUACCUGAGUCAUCUGAAUACCUGCAGUAAUAAAGCUCAUGAAGCAGACUCAUUGAAGUGCAUGGAAAGUUACCAGCAGAAGUUAUGUACUGAAUUUUCCAGAGACAAGUUCCAGGAAGUGAAGGUUCAGGUAUAUGCAGUCAGCAGCAGUAAAGGGAUAAAUGUCUGGAAUGAAACCUGGCUUGAAUGUCAGGAAACCAAGAAGCUUCUGGAGGAAAAACUGGAAAGAUAUAGAGACUCUCAGAAUGCAGCAAAAACAUCAGGUGGCUAUGAAGAGAGCCUACUUAAUGCAGAAUCCAAAUUGCCUAAGGAAUCAGCACCUACCUCUGACAGUGAAUGCAAUGCUGACUGUGCAAUAUCUGAAAAGAAAGGGGAUGGGCGGAUAUCAGCUGCUGUGUCUUGUUUGAGUUCAGGAGUUAACCCAGAAUCUGUGGCAGUAACAGACACUCCUAAGACUGGCAGCAGUGUUUGUGACAAAGACCAGAAAUGUCAACAUGGAAGGGAGGCCUGUUCAGGGGAUAGUUUUCAAGGACUAAGGUCCAGGGAAGAAGUUUCACUGAAAACUAGAGCUGUGGCUCUUGAACAGACAGGAAAAGGAGCUACUGCUUUUAGUCCAAAAAGUGACAUGAUAGUUUCUGAGAGCCCCAUUAAGGGGCCUUCAUUAGUGCAGGCAUGCAGCUCUUCAGUAACUGACUGGCUUUCCAGGGUUCAUUUUAACAGAUCGCAUAGUGAUGGCUCUCGUUGCCGCUCCUCCCAUUCAGACCCAACUGGCUUUUCCUGUAGGCAUUUCCAAGGUCUUUCAUCUGCAAAAAUGAUGGAAAUGGCUCAGAGGUAUCAACUCUCCAGGCAUGAAAGUUUUUGCACCGAGGGGAUGGGCCUGCAACAGCCCUGGGAACAAAGUGCUCAUUUUGCCAGACCAAAACUUUUAGCCCAAUAUCUCAGCCCUCAGAUGAACAGAAAACAAAAAAGAUUACUAGUGAAAACUGCAGCAAAUAAAUCAGAUGGAGGAACAAUGGUAGACCUUGUCAAACUGAAGCUGGUUUUGGAGGAGCUGCUUACAACUGAGAGGGAUUAUGUACAUUCACUUGGAUAUGUUAUCACACACUACUUCCCAGAAAUGGAGAAACCAGACCUCCCGCAUGGCCUUCGAGGCCAGCGUGGUACUAUAUUUGGUAAUCUUGAAAAGCUGUAUGAGUUCCACAGUCAGCUGUUCCUAAAAGAGCUGGAAGCCUGCAUAGAGAAACCUUUGCACGUAGGCCGCUGUUUCCUCAAACAGAAGGAACACUUUGGCCUUUAUGCAUUAUACAGCAAGAAUAAACCUCAGUCAGAUGCCCUGUUACUGAACCAUGGCAGUGCAUUCUUCCAGCACAAGCAGUUGGAGCUUGUAGAUAAAAUGAACCUAGCUUCCUACCUGCUGAAACCCAUCCAGAGAAUUAGUAAGUAUAGCCUUCUCCUAAAGGACAUGAUAAGGGAGUGUGGUACGGCUAGUAAUGAGAUACUCACUGAACUUCAGGCUGCCCAUGAUGUUGUCCAGUUCCAGCUCCGCCAUGGCAAUGAUCUUCUAGCAAUGGAUGAUAUUCAGAACUGUGAUGUAAACCUGAAGGAGCAGGGACAACUCAUUCGCCAAGAUGAGUUUCUUGUAUCUUUUAGGAAGAAGAAGUGUUUUCGUCACUUAUUCCUCUUCCAGGAGCUCAUCCUGUUCAGCAAAACAAAGAAGACAAGUGUUGGAAAUGAUGUUUAUGUUUAUAAACAGUCAUUUAAGACAUCAGAAAUUGGUAUGACCCACAACUCUGGGGUGAAUGGACUAGGCUUUGAGAUAUGGUUCCGGCGUCAGAAAUCUGAUGACACCUAUAUUAUUCAAGCCCCCUCUCAAGAGGUGAAAGAUGCUUGGACCAGAGACUUGGAGUGGAUACUCUGGACUCAGGCACUCAGAAACAGAGAGAUGCGGAUUCAGGAAAGGGUGCUGAUGGGAAUUGGCAACAAGCCUUUCAUGGACAUCCAGCCCAGUGAGGCAGCCAUCAGUGACAGGGCAAUCAACUACAGUCUCCUUGGCAAAGAGUAUAAACCUAAGCCAGCUUUAGCUGACUCCUCCUCGCAUGAAUCUUUGUGUUCCCAACGGCCAAAUUCCACUGGAUCAGGGACAAGCACAUCUUCAUUUACUAGUCUAUCAUCAUCAUCCUCUGGUCUUGGAUCACUUGGUUCACCAGCUUUUGCAUCCUCCCCCUGUUUCCAGAUGGGUCUGCCUGGGAUUCAUAGAUGUUUGUAUAGUGCCCACAGCUGCAUAGAAGAGGAUGAGGUGGAGAACGAUGCAGAAAUGCAGAUGUUUAUCUUGGACAGCUCUGAAUCUUCUGGAGAAAGUGUUAGUGGAUUCAGCAGUUCGGAGCCCAGCUGCCUGUCUCUGAUCCUAGGCGAUGCAGAUGAAACCUCAUCUACAACAUCAGUGCUCUGCAGACAUCCCCAGAACCAGCAUCACUCUCCUUCUUUUGCACCUGUCUCAAAACACAUGGACUCUGGAGUGGUACCAAAGGCAGACAUAGGACAAGAGCCAUCCACACAGCCCUUGGUAAAGAGUCAAGAUGGUGGGGUUCCAUUACGUCGUUCAACAGAUGUCUAAGAUGAAUUCCUGAUGAUCCUGUGACUUUUAAACCUGGUGCAGUUUCAGUGGCUCCUCAUCACCAUGAUGAUCAAAGCAUGUGAAGGACCCAGAGAAGAUUUAUCCAGACAGCAUGUUCAUAUUUAUGAUAGAAAAAGCUUUUGCUGUCCUCCAAGAUAAAGCAAUAUUUCCAUAAUGUUUGAUUAAGGAGAAAAGUAACUAGCCUACAUGGUUUCAGAUGUACCUUGUAAUUAAUGACUAAAAAAGGCAAGCAUUUCUAAAAAAAUGCAAUUUAAGAGUAUGAAACACUAAAAUAUUAUUCAAACAGAACAUACAGUCCAUUUUUUCUAGAUGUGCAUUACUCUGCAAUAAUUUUACUGGCUUCUUCUUCCUUUAACCCACCGCAGGCAAACCAUCUGCUAAACAACACUGGACAUAUUUACUAAAAGAUACAUUGGCUGCCUCUCCAUGAAAUGGCAGGCACCUAGCUGUGUACAUUUGAAACCCAUUGUGACAUUGUGAGCUUUGCUCUUUCAAAUCAAGUUGCCAUAAAUUACAGAUUCAAGUUCUGUAUUUGAAUGGUAAUUGAUUAAGACAUGUUACCUGCUGGACAAAAGACCUCUGAGAGUAUAAAAAAUGUAAACAGUAACCAUCUCCCAUGACAACUGCUUCUUCAAAUUGUCAUCAUUGUCUUAUGGUCAUUCAGCUUCCAAGAAGAACAUCUUUCAUUUAACAGCCUGAGAUGCUUGUUGUAACAUUACAGAAAUAUAUUUUUCUUCAUCAGCCUGAUAACAAUAUUGAUAAAAUUCAGCAGAGAAAUGUUUACUUCAGCAGUAAGUCUGUGAAUAUCUGUCCAACAUCAGAACUAGGGGUGGACACUGUGACUUCAUACUGCUUAUUAAGUAAUCAUCCUAGAAUGACGUGAAAUGUAAAUAGUGUGUAACUAUAAUGUAAAACAUGUAUUUUAACUAUAAUUCUUUAUAAGUGCUCCCCAAAUACGGUACUGAUCAUGAGUGCCAAAAGAGAAGUGACAUUCUGCAGGUAAAAUGAAAACAUUUGUUAAAGUAAUGUAAGACAAUCAAGGAAGUUACCAUACUGCACAACUCUUGACACUUUAAAAAAAUAAAAGAACUCAAGAUUCUUGUUUUCUACCAUAUAAAAGGUCCUUCUACUUUACUUACUGGUUUUAUUGUCGCCUGCCUAGGAUUUCUGAGCUGUGCUCAGGUAGCCAUGAAGAGAGAGUCAAAGAAAGGCAAACAUAUUCCUGCAUCUUAUUUAACCAUGUAGCUAUAAUAGUAAAAGGGAUAUUCUGAAGAAAAUAUCUUGUGCAGUUAUGUCACCUAGUGUAUUGUCAUACUUAACUGUGGAUAGCAGUAACUACAAUAGCUCUGCAGAGCAUAGUAAAAAACUGUGAAACAUGGGUUUGACCCUCCUGGAAUAUUUUCAGUGUACUGUGUUAACUUGGAAAACAGUGAGCAAUAAAAAAUAUGUGACAGACUUUUAUUUGUUAAACAAA